AUGUAUAUCUAAUAUAUCUUUAAAACACAUACAAAACUCUAGGAACUGAAGUCUUGUAAACAUGUCCUUGAGAAUUAAUCUUUAUUUUGAGAGCCCAAGUCAAUGUAGCUCCUCUUUUGGGAAAGUGCUUUUUCUGCUAUGAAGCAGUUAUCUUCGGUAAACUUGAUCACAGUCCUGUUUUAGGAGGAUGAGGGGGGUGUGACUCUUUCCUCACUGUUUCUUUGUUUGGCCCCCAAUUUUUUUUUUCCCACAAGCAGCAAAUAGCACAGAGUAAGUUGUUACUCAUUUUAGAGGCCCCCGCGUAUCUCAUACUUUCUCUCGACUUUUGUCAAAAUAAUUUACUUUGUACUCAGGACUUAACACUCUUGUAUGUGUGUGUAUACCUUAAGUAUGGUUACGUGACCAGAGGGAGGGCCUUCAGUGGAGAGUUGCUGGAUUUGGUUUGGGGACCUGGAAGAGGAGGUGUCCCGCCCCCUCGGGGCGGCGCUGGCCGUGGGCGUCACUGGCGGCUCCGCCCCUCCCGUCGGGAUUCAGGCGCCAGUGGCGCCAUCUUACCCGGCCGCGGGAGGGGUCACAGGUCAGUGCUGGAGCCUCGCCGCCGUCAGUGAAGGAAGACAAAGUUGGUGAUCAUCGGACAGGCGGUCGCCUUCCCGACCCGACGGGUGGCUUUUACUCAGGCAGCCCAAGGUUCCCCAAGAGGACAAUGGAUUCUGGAACUCGCCCAGUUGGUAGCUGCUGUAGCAGCACUGCAGGGCUCUCACGGGAAUACAAACUAGUGAUGCUGGGUGCUGGUGGUGUGGGGAAGAGUGCCAUGACCAUGCAGUUCAUCAGUCACCGAUUCCCAGAAGAUCAUGACCCCACCAUUGAAGAUGCUUAUAAGAUCCGGAUCCGUAUUGAUGAUGAGCCUGCCAAUCUGGACAUUUUGGAUACAGCUGGACAGGCAGAGUUUACAGCCAUGCGAGACCAGUAUAUGAGGGCAGGAGAAGGGUUUAUCAUCUGUUAUUCUAUCACUGAUCGUCGAAGUUUCCAUGAAGUUCGUGAGUUUAAACAGCUUAUUUAUCGAGUUCGACGUACUGAUGAUACACCUGUGGUUCUUGUGGGAAACAAGUCUGACCUAAAAGAGCUAAGACAGGUCACCAAGGAAGAAGGAUUGGCUUUGGCCCGAGAAUUCAGCUGUCCCUUUUUUGAGACAUCUGCUGCAUACCGCUACUACAUUGAUGAUGUGUUCCAUGCCCUUGUCCGGGAGAUACGUAGAAAAGAAAAGGAGGCAGUACUGGCCAUAGAGAAAAAAUCAAAGCCUAAAAACAGUGUAUGGAAGAGGCUAAAAUCACCAUUCCGGAAAAAGAAAGAUUCAGUAACUUGAAGGGAAGAUGUGAAGUGUUUAUCUGUGAACUGCAGUGCUUAAUCAAAGCAGUCCAGUAACCAGCAGUGAGCAUGGUGCUUGCUCUUUCUCCUGUUAUGACCAUUAUUUUAAAAGUAACUGAUAAGAGGGACAUGCCUACUAGGAGUUUUUAAUGAUGUGGCAUUUAAAGUAUUGUCUCAAUUCUGAUUUAUUAACCUGGCGAAGCACUAUCUUCUUUUAAAUUGUCACAUUAGAAUUUGGUCUACCAAUGUUUUGGGUUCCAUUGCUGACAUUAAUGUAAAUUGUUUGUACCCAGGAGAA